AUUUGAAGCAAAUAAUGUGUAUUGAAAAAGUAACUGGGAAAACGGGUACACUGAAAGUCUUAUUACUGAUGUUAUUAAGAUAGAGAUCUAUUAUCUAUCGUAUUUGUUCUUUAAUUUGUUACAAAAGCAUAAUGAUUAUUCGCUAAAAGUCAUCUUUUGGUCACAAUUUGUUUCUGUUCUAGUAACUUAGAAUCCUCUGAUUUAAUAUUUUUAUACAGAAUAGUAGUAGUGAGUAGUGACCGUAGGUGACGCUUUCCCUCGUAUUUCCGACGAUGUGUGUUGUGCGUGUUGUGUUGAGGUUGAUUUACGAAACGUAAUGGCUAGGUUCGGUAUUGUUUAAGAAUAAGUAUAUAAUUAACUUGAAAAAUGUCGAUACCACCGUAUUUAUUGGGCCCAAACCCAUGGGCCACUAUGAUGGCCCAACAGCAAGCUCAUGCUCAGCUAGCAGCGGCUCAGGCUCACGCUCAAGCAGCAGCACAGGCACAAGCCGCUCACCAUGCCCACAUGCAAGCUAUAUCUGGACCGCCCUUACCACAAAUGCCCAAACAACCUGAAGUUUUAUCAGAGGAUAAGCUUCAGGAAAAAGCUCAAAAAUGGCAGCAACUCCAGUCGAAGAGAUUUGCCGAGAAAAGAAAAUUUGGUUUCGUCGACGCUCAGAAGGAAGACAUGCCUCCUGAGCACAUUAGAAAAAUUAUUAGAGAUCAUGGAGAUAUGAGCAGUCGUAAAUACAGACAUGACAAACGUGUCUACCUAGGGGCGUUGAAGUAUAUGCCACACGCGGUAAUGAAACUGUUAGAAAACAUGCCUAUGCCUUGGGAACAGAUUCGAGACGUAAAAGUUCUGUACCACAUAACGGGUGCAAUUACUUUUGUGAAUGAAAUUCCUUGGGUCAUAGAACCUGUAUAUAUCGCUCAGUGGGGUACGAUGUGGAUUAUGAUGCGAAGAGAAAAACGAGACCGUAGGCAUUUCAAGAGGAUGAGAUUUCCACCGUUCGACGACGAAGAACCUCCGUUGGAUUACGCGGAUAACGUGUUGGACGUAGAACCUUUGGAAGCUAUUCAGAUCGAGCUCGAUUCAGAGGAAGAUGAAUCCGUAGCAUCGUGGUUUUACGAACACAAACCGCUUGUUGGUACAAAGCAUGUUAAUGGAUCUACUUACCGAAGGUGGAACCUAACAUUGCCACAAAUGGCAACUUUAUAUCGCCUGGCUAAUCAAUUGUUAACGGACCUGGUGGAUCAGAACUUCUUCUACCUCUUCGAUCCGAAAUCAUUUUUCACUGCGAAAGCAUUAAACAUGGCUAUACCGGGCGGACCGAAAUUCGAACCACUCGUAAAGGACUCGAAUGCAGCUGACGAAGAUUGGAACGAGUUCAACGACAUUAAUAAAAUUAUCAUUAGGCAGCCCAUAAGAACGGAAUAUCGCAUCGCGUUUCCUUAUUUGUACAACAACAUGCCGCACUUCGUACAUUUAUCAUGGUACCACGCGCCGAAUGUAGUUUAUAUUAAAACCGAAGAUCCUGACUUACCUGCGUUUUAUUUCGAUCCAUUGAUCAAUCCUAUUUCUCACAGAAAUUCUCUGAAGACGAUGGAACCACAAAUUGAUGACGAUGAAGAUUUCGUCCUGCCCGAGGAAGUACAACCCUUUCUUCAAGAAACUCCUUUAUACACUGACAAUACUGCGAACGGUAUAGCCCUGCUGUGGGCACCAAGACCGUUCAACACUCGUUCAGGUAGAACGCGCAGAGCCAUCGAUAUUCCUUUGGUGAAAUCGUGGUAUAGAGAGCAUUGCCCGCCAGGGCAACCCGUCAAAGUUCGUGUCAGUUACCAAAAGCUGUUGAAGUACUUCGUUCUAAACGCGUUGAAGCACAGACACCCAAAACCGCAAAAGAAACGUUAUCUAUUCCGAUCAUUCAAAUCGACCAAGUUCUUCCAAACGACUACGAUAGACUGGGUCGAAGCAGGUCUACAAGUAUGCAGACAAGGAUACAACAUGUUGAAUCUGCUUAUUCACAGAAAGAACUUGAACUAUCUUCACUUGGAUUACAACUUCAAUCUAAAACCGGUUAAAACGCUAACGACGAAGGAGAGGAAGAAAUCCAGAUUCGGAAACGCGUUUCAUUUGUGCCGUGAGAUUCUCCGUUUGACAAAAUUGAUAAUCGAUUCUCACGUGCAAUAUCGUUUGAACAACGUCGACGCGUUCCAACUAGCGGACGGGCUGCAAUAUAUCUUCGCGCACGUUGGCCAGUUGACUGGAAUGUAUCGAUACAAAUACAAACUGAUGCGGCAGAUCAGAAUGUGCAAAGAUCUGAAACACUUGAUUUACUACCGAUUCAAUACAGGUCCUGUUGGGAAGGGUCCCGGUUGUGGAUUCUGGGCACCCGGAUGGAGAGUCUGGCUCUUCUUCAUGAGAGGAAUCACUCCAUUAUUAGAACGAUGGCUAGGAAAUCUGUUGUCGAGGCAGUUCGAGGGUCGUCAUUCCAAGGGUGUCGCAAAGACCGUAACGAAGCAGCGAGUGGAAUCGCAUUUCGAUCUUGAGUUACGAGCAUCCGUGAUGCACGACAUCGUUGACAUGAUGCCAGAAGGAAUCAAACAGAACAAAGCUCGGACGAUUCUUCAACAUUUGAGCGAGGCGUGGAGGUGUUGGAAAGCUAAUAUCCCUUGGAAAGUUCCCGGACUACCAAUACCGAUUGAAAACAUGAUCCUCCGUUAUGUGAAGAUGAAAGCAGAUUGGUGGACCAACACAGCGCACUAUAAUCGAGAAAGAAUUAGGCGCGGAGCGACGGUGGACAAGACUGUUUGCAAGAAGAAUCUUGGACGUCUAACACGGCUGUACCUUAAGGCUGAACAAGAAAGACAGCACAAUUACUUGAAGGAUGGUCCCUACAUUUCACCGGAGGAAGCAGUCGCUAUUUACACCACAACUGUACAUUGGCUAGAAUCAAGGAGAUUCGCUCCUAUACCUUUCCCACCGUUGUCUUACAAGCACGAUACCAAGCUGCUGAUAUUAGCUCUGGAACGAUUGAAGGAAGCUUAUAGCGUGAAGUCGAGAUUGAAUCAAAGCCAGCGCGAGGAACUUGGUUUGAUUGAACAAGCGUACGACAAUCCUCAUGAAGCGCUAUCCAGAAUUAAGCGUCAUCUUUUAACUCAAAGAGCUUUCAAGGAAGUAGGAAUAGAGUUCAUGGAUCUUUACAGUCAUCUGAUUCCUGUCUACGACGUCGAACCGCUUGAGAAAAUUACAGAUGCGUACCUGGAUCAAUACUUGUGGUACGAAGCGGACAAACGAAGAUUGUUUCCACCGUGGGUGAAGCCAUCGGACACGGAACCGCCACCUCUUUUAGUAUAUAAAUGGUGUCAGGGUAUCAAUAAUCUGCAAGAUGUUUGGGACGUCAGCGAAGGAGAGUGCAACGUGCUAUUGGAAUCAAAAUUCGAGAAGUUGUACGAAAAGAUUGAUUUAACAUUGCUGAAUAGACUUCUCCGAUUGAUCGUUGAUCACAAUAUAGCAGAUUACAUGACAGCUAAAAAUAACGUUGUCAUAAAUUACAAGGAUAUGAACCAUACGAACAGUUAUGGUAUAAUUAGAGGGUUGCAGUUCGCAUCGUUCAUAGCGCAGUAUUAUGGCUUGGUGCUCGAUUUGCUAGUUCUCGGGUUGCAACGUGCCAGUGAAAUGGCCGGUCCUCCUCAAAUGCCGAAUGACUUUUUAACUUUCCAGGACGUCGCUUCGGAAACUGCGCAUCCUAUCAGAUUGUAUUGCAGAUACGUCGACAGAAUACAUCUGUUCUUAAGAUUCUCAGCGGACGAGGCGAGAGACUUGAUUCAACGAUACUUGACGGAGCAUCCAGACCCGAACAAUGAGAAUAUCGUUGGGUACAAUAACAAAAAAUGCUGGCCCAGAGAUGCCAGGAUGCGUCUGAUGAAGCACGACGUUAAUCUAGGCCGCGCCGUUUUCUGGGACAUUAAAAACCGUUUGCCCCGUUCGACGACUACCAUACAAUGGGAGAACAGUUUCGUCAGCGUUUACAGUAAAGACAAUCCGAAUUUGUUGUUCAACAUGAGCGGAUUCGAGUGCAGAAUUUUACCGAAAUGUAGGACGACCCAUGAAGAAUUCACGCACAGGGACGGAGUGUGGAACUUGCAGAAUGAAAUCACGAAAGAAAGAACCGCCCAGUGUUUCUUGCGAGUGGACGACGAGAGUCUACAACGAUUCCACAACAGAGUCAGACAGAUUCUAAUGGCAUCCGGGUCUACGACGUUCACAAAAAUUGUUAACAAAUGGAAUACCGCUUUGAUCGGUCUGAUGACCUACUUCCGCGAAGCUGUCGUGAAUACGCAGGAGCUUUUGGAUCUGUUAGUGAAAUGCGAGAAUAAAAUACAAACACGUAUCAAGAUCGGUCUCAAUUCGAAAAUGCCCUCGCGAUUCCCGCCGGUGGUGUUUUACACGCCGAAGGAAUUGGGCGGGCUUGGAAUGCUUUCGAUGGGACACGUGCUCAUACCUCAAUCAGACUUGAGAUGGUCCAAGCAAACGGAUGUCGGCAUCACGCAUUUCCGUUCGGGCAUGAGUCACGACGAGGAUCAGUUGAUUCCUAACUUGUAUCGUUACAUACAACCGUGGGAAUCCGAGUUCAUAGACUCGCAACGAGUAUGGGCGGAGUAUGCGUUGAAAAGGCAGGAGGCAAAUGCACAAAAUCGUAGAUUGACUUUAGAGGAUCUGGAAGACAGCUGGGAUCGAGGUAUCCCUAGGAUAAAUACACUGUUCCAAAAAGAUAGACACACUCUGGCCUACGACAAGGGAUGGAGAAUACGGACAGAAUUUAAACAGUACCAAGUAUUGAAACAGAAUCCCUUCUGGUGGACUCAUCAACGUCACGAUGGUAAAUUGUGGAACUUGAACAAUUAUAGAACGGACAUGAUUCAAGCUCUGGGUGGUGUGGAGGGUAUUCUGGAGCACACUCUCUUCAAAGGAACGUACUUCCCUACGUGGGAAGGUCUUUUCUGGGAGAAAGCGUCCGGGUUCGAGGAAUCUAUGAAGUAUAAAAAAUUGACCAACGCUCAGAGGUCCGGUUUGAACCAAAUUCCGAAUCGUCGGUUCACUUUAUGGUGGUCGCCGACCAUUAACAGGGCGAACGUGUACGUUGGUUUCCAGGUCCAAUUAGAUUUAACAGGAAUAUUCAUGCACGGUAAAAUUCCUACGCUGAAGAUCUCUCUGAUUCAAAUUUUCCGUGCGCAUUUAUGGCAGAAGGUGCACGAGUCGAUCGUGAUGGAUCUCUGUCAAGUGUUCGAUCAGGAAUUAGACGCGUUGGAAAUCGAAACUGUUCAGAAGGAGACUAUCCAUCCUCGAAAAUCGUACAAGAUGAAUUCCUCCUGCGCAGAUAUUUUACUGUUCUCCGCGUACAAGUGGAACGUUUCGAGGCCCUCGUUGCUCGCCGAUUCGAAGGACUUGAUGGAUAAUACUACCACACAGAAAUAUUGGAUAGACGUCCAACUCAGAUGGGGAGAUUACGAUUCGCACGAUAUAGAAAGAUACGCCAGAGCGAAAUUCUUAGAUUAUACGACGGACAACAUGUCCAUUUAUCCGUCGCCUACAGGAUUACUAAUAGCCAUCGAUUUAGCUUAUAAUUUACACAGUGCGUACGGUAACUGGUUCCCAGGAUGCAAGCCUCUCAUACAGCAAGCAAUGGCCAAGAUAAUGAAAGCGAAUCCAGCUCUGUACGUGUUAAGAGAAAGAAUUAGGAAGGCGUUGCAAUUAUAUUCGUCAGAGCCCACGGAACCGUAUUUAUCUUCGCAAAAUUAUGGAGAAUUAUUCUCGAAUCAAAUUAUCUGGUUCGUCGACGACACAAACGUCUAUCGCGUCACUAUUCACAAAACAUUCGAGGGAAAUUUAACGACGAAGCCUAUAAACGGAGCAAUAUUUAUUUUCAAUCCCCGAACAGGGCAACUGUUUCUGAAAAUUAUUCACACUUCCGUCUGGGCCGGACAGAAGCGUUUAGGACAAUUGGCAAAGUGGAAAACGGCUGAGGAAGUAGCCGCGUUGAUUAGGUCUCUGCCCGUUGAAGAACAACCCAAACAAAUUAUAGUAACCAGAAAGGGAAUGUUGGAUCCAUUGGAAGUGCAUCUACUCGACUUUCCUAACAUCGUGAUCAAAGGAUCAGAACUUCAGCUACCCUUCCAAGCUUGUCUGAAGGUAGAGAAGUUUGGCGAUUUGAUAUUGAAAGCGACAGAGCCUCAAAUGGUGUUGUUCAACUUGUACGAUGACUGGUUGAAAACUAUCUCUUCGUACACUGCAUUCUCACGUUUGAUCCUCAUCCUUCGAGCGUUGCAUGUUAAUACCGAAAGGACAAAAGUCGUUUUGAAACCCGACAAGACGACCAUAACGGAACCCCAUCAUAUCUGGCCUUCGCUGACGGACGACGAAUGGAUCAAAGUUGAAGUACAAUUAAAGGAUUUAAUCUUGGCUGAUUAUGGUAAAAAGAACAAUGUGAAUGUCGCGUCGUUGACUCAAUCUGAGAUCCGGGACAUAAUCCUGGGUAUGGAAAUCAGUGCGCCGUCCGCGCAGCGACAGCAGAUCGCUGAGAUAGAGAAGCAAACGAAAGAGCAGUCGCAGCUGACAGCGACGACAACGAGGACGGUCAACAAACACGGCGACGAGAUUAUCACAGCCACGACUUCGAAUUACGAGACGCAGACGUUCAGUUCAAAGACCGAGUGGCGAGUGAGAGCGAUUUCUGCUACCAAUCUACACUUGCGUACCAAUCAUAUAUACGUGUCGUCCGACGAUAUCAAAGAGACCGGUUACACGUACAUUUUGCCGAAGAACGUGCUCAAAAAAUUUGUUACUAUAUCGGAUUUGCGGGCGCAGAUCGCGGGAUAUUUGUACGGCAUUAGUCCACCGGACAAUCCGCAAGUGAAGGAAAUUAGGUGCAUAGUUAUGGCACCGCAGUGGGGAACUCAUCAGACGGUUCAUUUACCAAACACGCUUCCUAAUCACCAGUAUCUGAAAGAAAUGGAGCCCCUAGGAUGGAUUCAUACGCAACCAAACGAGCUACCUCAACUGUCUCCGCAGGAUAUAUCUACCCACGCCCGGAUAAUGGCAGAGAAUCCGAUUUGGGAUGGAGAGAAGACUAUCGUCAUUACUUGCAGUUUCACGCCAGGAUCCUGCUCUCUUACGGCAUACAAAUUAACACCCAGUGGUUUUGAAUGGGGGAAGCAAAAUACCGACAAAGGAAAUAAUCCCAAAGGCUACCUACCGAGUCAUUACGAGAAAGUACAAAUGUUGUUAUCCGACCGUUUCCUCGGAUUUUUCAUGGUACCGAGUCAAGGUUCCUGGAACUACAACUUCAUGGGUGUCAGGCACGAUCCGAAUAUGAAAUACGAACUGCAGCUGGCGAAUCCGAAGGAGUUCUAUCACGAGAUCCACAGACCUGCACACUUUUUAAAUUUCUCGAGUUUAGAGGAUGGAGAAGGUGUCGGUGCUGAUAGAGAAGACGUGUUCGCAUAAAGAGAUGGUAAUCUUUCCUCUUUUUUACAAGCUGAACAAUACCUGAGAGUUCGUUGGUUUAAUUUUUUAAAUAGUGAGAGACAUGAGAAUUUUUAGUACAUAAUCUUUCAAUAGAUUCGUGAUAGCAUCUCUUAUCGCGUUAGAAUAAGAUACACAUGUACGUAUACAACUAUUGUAUAAGAUAUAAUUGUAAGAAUGUAUAAAAUGUUUGCAUUGCAUUCGUAAAAAAUAACGAAUACAUACGUUUGGACAUACAUAUAGAAUAAUUUCACUUUUAUUACGUUCUUAUAAGUUGUAAAGAUUGAGACAUUGAACAUUGAAUACAAAUUCCAUUGUAGCUUAUGGAUAAAAGCGCAAGCAUUUUCAUGUAAAUUAUUCUAAUCCGAAUUUAAGUGAUUGUGAAACAAUUUUAAAAUAAUUGAUAAAACGACUAGAUGCUCUUUGGUGAAAUUAAGGAUUCGCAUCGUCCUUUAAGAAUACGCGUUAUAAAAACACUUACUAAAUAAAUUUUCUUAAUGUAACCGUC